CACCACUUACUCUAGCCCCAAAAUAUCCAAAAAAAAAAGACCACUAAAAGCUUUUGUUAUUUCAUUUCAAUCUGCUUUCUCACCAACUCUUUCAAUUCAGAAGUCAUGGCAUCACCACUUCUCUCGAUUUUCCUCUUUUCAACUCUAGCCUUAUUUUCUCUAACAGAAUCCAAGCUCAAUGUUGAUUAUUACAACAAAACAUGUCCUCAAUUUGAAAAAAUCAUCCAACAAAUUGUCGUGGACAAGCAACUCGCAGCCCCCACCACCGCGGCAGGCGCCCUCCGCCUCUUCUUCCACGACUGCAUUGUGGGAGGAUGUGACGCCUCAUUACUUAUUUCGUCAAAUUCCUUCGCCCAGGCCGAACGCGACACAGAUAUCAACCUAUCCCUCCCAGGGGACGCCUAUGACCUUGUCGCACGCGCCAAGACCGCAUUAGAGCUCCAAUGCCCCGGCAUUGUAUCUUGUGCAGAUAUUUUAGCUGUUGCGACUCGUGACUUGAUCACCAUGGUUGGAGGUCCAUUUUACAAUAUUCGUCUCGGCCGAAAAGAUAGCUUGGAAUCAUACGCAAAAGAUGUUGACGGACAUAUUGCUAGGCCUAACAUGACAAUGGACACAAUAAUCAACAUGUUUGCCUCGAAAAAUUUAAAUGUGCAAGAAAUGGUGGCUUUAGUGGGUGCACAUACAAUUGGUUUCUCACAUUGUUCAGAAUUUAGCAAGAGAAUAUUCAAAUUCAGCCAGACCUCAGAAUUUGAUCCUUCUAUGAACCCAACAUUUUCACAAGCGUUACGGAAGCUAUGCGGGAAUAACUCGAAGGAUAUGGCAGCGUUCAACGACGUGAUGACACCUGGCAAAUUCGAUAACAUGUACUACAUAAACUUGCAAAAGGGACUAGGAUUAUUGGCUUCCGAUCAAGCUAUGGUUUCUGACCGAAGGACUAAACCAUUUGUGGAACUUUAUGCAAAGGAUCAAGAUGCAUUUUUCAAAGCAUUUGCUCAUGCAAUGGAGAAAGUGAGUGUUUAUCAAGUAAAAACAGGGAAAAUGGGAGAGGUGAGACGCAGGUGUGAUGUUGUGAAUCAAUUACAAGUAAAUCCCAACAAGAAAAUUGCUAGUUAAUUAAUUAGGUUGAUUAUUACAAUUGAGGAAGGAUCUGAUCAUCUCAUGGCAUGUUUUAGUGUCAAGGUGCUUUUGGAUUAUUACAUAUGUAGGUUCCAUAGAACAUGAUAUGUAUUAUAUUCCAAUGUGAACAUUUUUGACCUCUUGUAAUUUCAACAUCUUUUUUUUCCUAUUAAGAUACCAUGAUAA